AUGAGUGCUGUUGAGAGCCCAGACGACGCGUAUCAUGUUCGCAAUGGCUCCAAUGGAGUGAAGCGCCGACGAGGCUCGACUGUUCUCAACCCAAGAACCUAUGUCAAACGGGAGCUUUGGACACAGGCUCCAAUAUUAAAGGGGACUACCAAGUUCGAGCCCCUCGAUGACGCGAAAAAUAUCCUGAUUACUGGAGGAGCCGGCUUUAUUGCUUGUUGGUUUGUACGCCAUCUAGUUCUCACGUAUCCACACUACAAUGUCGUUUCUUUUGACAAACUCGACUACUGUGCAACGCUCAACAAUACGCGAAUUCUCGACAAGCAUGCGAACUUUACGUUUGAACAAGGGGAUAUAACGUCGCCGACUGACAUAAAGCACGUGUUACGAAAGCACAAGAUCGACACCAUUUUCCACUUUGCAGCGCAAUCGCACGUCGACCUUAGCUUUGGCAACUCGUACGAAUUCACGAACACGAACGUUUACGGAACACACGUGCUGCUUGAGAGGGCAAGGGAAUAUGGGAUUACCAGGUUCAUACAUAUAUCAACGGACGAGGUGUAUGGCGAUGUGCCGGUUGGGGCAGCAGACCUGAGCGAGACGAGCAUACUGGCGCCCACAAAUCCAUACUCUGCUAGUAAAGCUGCGGCGGAGAUGAUGGUCAGCGCAUAUCGGAGUAGCUUCAAGUUGCCUCUGAUUACCGUUCGGGCAAACAAUGUGUAUGGACCACAUCAAUUUCCAGAGAAGAUUAUCCCGAAAUUCAUUAUGCUCCUGCAAAGAAAGCAGAAGCUCCUACUUCACGGCGACGGCUCACCAACACGACGUUACAUCUACGCAGGAGACAUCGUCGACGCACUCGAUACGAUACUACACAAGGGCGAUGUCGGCCAGAUCUACAAUAUUGCAUCCAAGGACGAGAUAUCGAACACGGAUAUCUGCAACAGACUGCUGGAUAUCUUCGAUAUUCCUCAUACUUCGUCUGCUGAGUUAUCCGAGUGGGUAGAGCAUACGGAAGACCGACCGUUCAAUGACCAGCGAUACGCGACGGAUGGAUCCAAGCUUACGGCACUAGGCUGGCAACCCAAAACCAGCUUUGAAGAAGGUCUCAAAAUUACAGUAGACUGGUACCUGGUGGCAGGCAACGAGAUCUGGACAAAGGAGGAGCACGAGGAUUUGCCUUCUUCUGAUGGUGAAACCAUGCAUGAGGAGGAUAGCGCAAUUUGGACCACAUAG